UCCGGGUGCGGGUCCGGCUGCGGGGCGAGCAUGGGUCCCGGCUUGGCGCUGGGGCUCUUGUCCACGGCCGGCCUCCUGCUGGCUUUGCAAGCCUCCCCGCCAGGUGGCAUGAACGUCCUCCUCGUCAUCGCCGACGACCUGCGCCCCGCCUUGGGGUCCUACGGGGACAAAGUGGUGAAAUCCCCCAACAUCGACCAGCUGGCCUCCCGGAGCGUCGUCUUCCAAAACGCCUUCGCCCAACAAGCGGUCUGUGCCCCAAGCAGGGUGUCUUUCCUGACCGGGCGAAGGCCGGACACCACCAGGCUUUACGACUUCAAUUCCUACUGGAGGGCGCAUGCGGGAAACUACUCCACGUUGCCGCAGUAUUUCCAGGAAAAUGGCUACAUCACCAUGUCCGUCGGGAAAGUGUUUCACCCCGGGAUUUCCUCGAACCAUACCGAUGACUAUCCAUACAGUUGGACCAUUCCGGCUUUCCAUCCUUCCUCUGAAAAAUAUGAAAACACGAAGGUUUGCAAAGGGGCGGAUGGGAGCCUCCACGCCAACCUCCUUUGCCCCGUGGACGUGUCAGAGAUGCCCGAGGAGACUUUGCCGGACAUCCAGAGCACCGAAGAAGCCCUCCGUCUCUUGGACAUCGUGAAAGAGCAUGGCCGGAAAUUCUUCCUCGCCGUCGGAUACCACAAACCUCACAUCCCAUUCAGAUAUCCCAAGGAAUUCCUCAAGCUGUACCCCUUGGAAAACGUCACGCUGGCCCCGGAUCCGGACAUUCCCAAAGAGCUCCCUUCUGUGGCAUACAACCCCUGGACGGACAUCAGGCACCGGGAAGACGUGGCAGCCCUCAACAUCAGCUUCCCUUAUGGGCCGAUCCCGGAAGACUUCCAGCGGCGGAUUCGCCAGAGUUACUUUGCCUCCGUCUCUUACUUGGACAUGUUGGUUGGGAAGCUUCUGAAUGGCUUGGAUGAUGAAGGCCUCUCUCAUAAUACCAUUGUGGUGUUCACGGCUGACCACGGUUGGUCCUUGGGCGAGCAUGGCGAAUGGGCCAAGUACAGCAAUUACGACGUCGCGACCCGCGUCCCGUUGAUGUUCUACGUGCCCGGAGUGACCGCGCCCACCCCGCGCCCGGGAGAAGACGUCUUCCCUUUCAUCGACCCUUUCACUCAGGUUUCCCGGCCAGCGCACCAAGGGCAUCCUGACGCAACGGUGGAGCUGGUGUCGCUCUUUGCCACGCUGGCGGAGCUUGCAGGGCUGCCGGCUCCUCCCCCGUGCCCGCAGCCCUCCUUCGGGGAGACCCUGUGCGUCGAGGGGCAGAGCGUGGCUCGGUACUUCCCGCCGGGCCAAGUGGGAGGAGAGGACGCGGCCGCCGACCCUCCGAUCGCCCUCAGCCAGUACCCUCGCCCCGGAGACACCCCCGGCUGGAACUCGGACCUGCCGGUGCUCCAGGACAUCCGCGUGAUGGGCUACUCCAUCCGUACUGCGGAUUACAGGUGCACGGUGUGGUUUGGCUUCGACCCCAACAACUUCACGGUGCACCUGAGGGACGUCCACGGCGGGGAGCUCUACUUCACCGAGAGCGACCCCAACCAAGAUCACAACAUGUUCAACAACCACACACACCGUGGUCCCCUGAUCCAAAAGCUUUGCAAGAUCUUGGAGCGUUGAACCGGGAACCAGUUUCCUACCUGCGCGGGAUUUAGAGCUACGUUAGUUCUACCAAUACAGAGCUUUGUGUCAUACACAAGGAGGGCUCCUCAACCAGAGUUCACUUUCUGCUACAGAUUGUAAAAUAUUGAGGCGUUACUGAUUUUUCUACAAAACGUGAAUUCAGUAUUCAUUAGUCUUUAUCUCUAUCAAUAAAAAUGUAAUGUU